AUGGAGAACUAUUCGAAUGAUUUACGACCCGUGGAGGAUACGGACAAAGCCCUUAACGUUACUUUACAGAUCACACUCUCACAGAUCAAAGACAUGGAUGAGAGGAACCAGGUGUUGACCACAUACCUGUGGGUGCGUCAAGUCUGGCAUGAUGCAUACCUAAGCUGGGACAAAGAUGAGUAUGAUGGACUUGAGGUCAUUCGAAUACCCAGUAGCCGUGUUUGGAGACCAGACAUCGUUCUGUAUAACAAUGCGGAUGAGGACGACUCCUCAGGACCUCCUGAAACUAAUGUGGUGUUAAGGUACAAUGGUGAGAUCACCUGGGACUCCCCUGCUAUAACCAAGAGCUCCUGUAGGGUGGACGUCUCUUAUUUCCCCUUUGACAGUCAGCAGUGUAACCUCACCUUUGGUUCCUGGACCUAUAAUGGCAACCAGGUGGACAUCAGAAUGGGGAUGGAGAGCGGUGACCUCUCCGACUUUGUGGAGAAUGUGGAAUGGGAAUGUCACGGAAUGCCAGCUGUUAAGAACGUCAUAAUGUAUGGCUGCUGCUCUGAUCCGUACCCCGACAUCACAUACACGCUUCUGCUCAAACGCCGUUCCUCCUUCUACAUCUUCAACCUGCUCCUGCCAUGUUUCCUCAUCUCUUUCCUGGCCCCGCUGGGCUUCUACCUGCCUGCUGACUCUGGAGAAAAGGUCUCGCUUGGGGUGACGGUGCUGCUGGCCCUGACCGUGUUUCAGAUGAUGGUGGCAGAGAGCAUGCCACCGUCAGAAAGCGUUCCAUUAAUUGGCAAAUACUACAUUGCAACAAUGACCAUGAUAACCGCCUCAACAUCUUUGACUAUCUUUAUUAUGAAUAUCCACUUCUGUGGAGCAGAAGCAAAACCUGUACCCCACUGGGCCAAAGUCCUCAUCAUAGACUACAUGUCAAAAAUCUUCUUUGUCUAUGAGGUAGGGGAGAACUGCACCACACCUGAAAGCGAAAGAGGCCAAUUGUUUUCUGAAGACCCCCUGGCCAGCCUGGAGAGAGAUGGGUAUUUCGACAAGGAUUUUUAUGUUGACUGUCGCCAUGAUGACAGAAACCACAGUCAGUUUAAUAGGUACAACAAUCACAGAGAGCACAGGCAUGAUAAUAAUUUCCCUGGAAACGGAUACCAUCAUAAGAACAGGGAAUUUCAGAGGGAUGGACAUCAACGAAGGACCCGCUCACAUUCACCUGUCCGACAGAAAAGCAAUCCAACUAAAUACACACACUACAUUGGUCGAGACGGAAGCGAAAAGCACCCACUGACGAGUCAGGAGAAAUUAAAAGAAAGCGAACUUUCAAUUCCGGAAAAACUCAAGGGAUAUACCUAUGAUGAUGCCAAUGGCUAUUUCAGUGGAGUUGGAUAUGACAACGGCUACAGCAAAACGUAUGGAGCGGACAACUACAAUAAGUCCUGUAUCUGUGGGCAACAUCAGAAAGCGGUGCGAAACAUUGAGUACAUCGCUAACUGUUUCAGAGAGCAGAGGGGACACCAGGCAAAAGGAGCUGAGUGGAAAAAGAUCGCAAAGGUGAUGGAUAGGUUCUUCAUGUGGGUGUUUUUCAUCAUGGUCUUUCUUAUGAGCAUCCUUGUCAUGGCCAAUGCCGCCUAA